UUCACGAUAAUCUCGGAUUCGAUCUCUCAUCCCAAAAUAUACUUUCUGUCUAAUGGCAGAAGCAACGCGGAACCGAAUUAUGAGGGAAUUGAAGGCCUUGGAGAAGGACCCUCCUUCUAAUUGCAGUGCCGGUCUCAAAAGUGACGGAAACUUGUAUGAAUGGCGAGCAACGAUCAUGGGUCCUGCGGGCACUCCUUACGCAGGAGGCGUCUUCAAGGUGGACAUCGCCUUGCCUCAAGAUUACCCUUUCACAGCGCCCAAGGUUAGAUUCGAUACACCGGUCUACCACCCGAAUAUCAACGCAGAAGGAUCCAUUUGCCUUGAUAUCCUUAAGAAGGAAUGGACUCCUGCUCUUACCAUCCAAGUGGUUUUGCUAUCGAUAUGUUCGUUGUUGGCCGACCCGAACCCGAACGAUCCUCUCGUCCCCGACAUUGCCAAACUGUUCAAGAGAGACAGACGCCAGUACAACAAAAACGCUCGAGAAUUCACAAAAUUACAUGCCAUGAAAUGAAAUUGAUUUUACGACACAUGU